UGGGAGGCCAUCCAAUCGCGCAUACGACGAACGCCUUUGACGGAUGAAGAUAGCUUGGCAAGCCAUAUUAAGGAAGCCGCAGAGACGAUCACAGCUGCAGAAUGUAUUCGUUGGGUGAGCGAAGCCAAGUCGUAUAUCGAUCGCUGCUUAGCAAAAGAGCAAAUC